AUGAGGACAACAAACAGACAUGCAUCGAUUCUGAGAGAGUUUGAGAAACAAGGCAAGUUCCAGAUCAACAAGGCAUAUGUGCAACUUCAACCUCAAUUCAGUAAAGUGAAAUGGAAGAGUAUUCAUAUGACAUUUCACAAAGUUCAUCCAAGGUUUAAAUUCCAUCUAUGGUUAGCCAUCAAUCAGAGACUAGCAACAGUCGACAGACUUGCAAAGUUUGGAUUACAAGUGCAGGCAGAAUGUGUGUUCUGUGGACAGCAUGAGGAAAACUUUGAGCAUCUGUUUUUUAAAUGUCAGUAUACAAAAACAUUGUGGGAAAGAAUGCUCAAUUGGUUAGGAUACAGAAGGCAGAUUCAAAACUGGGAACAGGAAGUGAGCUGGAUAAGUAGUGUGGCAAAGAAGAAAGAUUGUGUUGCAGAAAUGACCAUGGCAGUCUUUGCAAUGGUUGUCUACUGCAUAUGGAGAGAACGGAAUAUGAUCAGAUUUGAGAAAGGAAGAUAUGAUGCUGAUAGAGUGUGCAAGGAAAUUGCAAUGCAUAUACAUAUUCAAGGACGAAAGAAGAUCAAAUUGAGUCAAGGAUUGGCAACUGUGAAUAAAAUGCCGUAG